GAGACCUUCCGGCGUUGCACCGCCCUUCCGGGAAUCUGUGCUGUGCGCGGUAGGCACAAUGUCUCUGCCCUGCUGCGACGAAUCUACGAUGGAAUAGAUGAGGCGACGGAUGAAGAGCUCUUGCUGAUGCCUGUGAUCCACAAUGCGGGAAGGCAGGCCGGCAUCGUGUUGCUCCUGGAUGAUAUGGAGGUGGGCCCUUGGCUGCCCUCCCCGCUUCCGCCGGGCGUUCGAUGCAUCAUCGCUCCGCCAUGCGCAUCUUCGCCGAUGCUACCGGCCAAAGCAACGUUGUGCCUGGAGCCACUGGGAGCAAGCGCCGCCGAG